AUGAUGGCAUUCACAACAAACAUUAUGAGGUUCCGCGCGGGCCAUCCGGAGAUGGAGAUGGUGCAGGUGUCGUCGGAGGCGGAGCUGGCGGCGCUGCCGAUGAACCGCUGGGGCAUCCGCCAGCACGCGGACGACGCGCCCUCGGUGCGCAGCGUGUUCGACGCCGGGCGGCUGGACGUGGUGCUGAUGCCCGGGCAGGCGUUCACGGCGGACGGGCGGCGGCUGGGGCGCGGCAAGGGCUACUACGACCGCUUCCUCGCGCGCUGCCGGAGCGAGCUGCGGCCGCCCCCGGCCACGCUGGCGCUGGCCUUCCGGCAGCAGCUGCUGCCCGACCUGCCCACCACGCGCAGGGACGCGCGCGUCGACGCGGUGCUCUACGAGCCGCUCCUCUCCUAGCUACCGGGCGCCUUCUGCCCAACAAGCAACUCAGGACAGACUCACGGCCACCGAGCAUUGACUUCUCCUUUGCUUGCGAGACACAGACUUGCCCGCUCUCCAGACCCUUGAACUACGUUUCCUUCACAACAAGCAUUAACGUUCUACGACCUCUUCGUCACCGAAAACAGACAUUCCCGUCACGCCGAAUCACGUCAGGCUGGUUGGGCUAUGUGACGUAACCCUCCGGUUUGGACUCGUGAAGAAAAAUUUAUUUUAAGUCCUCUCCAUUGUUGACUGGCUGCCUACAAAUCACAGAGCAAUGUAUCAACGAGGCUUUGAAAAUAAUUGUGUAGAGUUAUAUGGACACCUAUACGAGACAUUCAAUAGAAUACAGCAAAUUUGCACUCUGUAAAUGUUACGACAUUGUAAUGGAAAGAAAACAGGAUAAUUGCCUACAAAUAGGUCAGUAUUGGUAAUAUCACUGUUAUUUUAUGUGAGUGGUAUUCUUAUACCUUUGGAUAAAUGCCUACAUCAUGAACGGAUUAUUGGCAUUUUUCGGCAAAUGAAUCUGUUCUUUGGAAUUUAAUAUUGUGACUCAAUUGCUCAGUGAAGAUUUUCGCGAUUAGCUGUAUAUGUAACAAUCUUUACAAAUGAGUUUUGAAUAAAAUA